AUGCAGCUCAGCAAAGACACAACGGAACUCAAUUUUGAAGCAACUACCCCACGUCCGGCCAACACAGAGGCGCAAAAGCGGAUGCCCGACACGAAUGGCAACAACUGGGAGGAAGAUGACACUGAUUCUGACGACGAGGAGAACGAGGAGCAGCUCAAAGACACCCUCAAACACGCACUAUCUGACAUCAUCGCUCGCAAGGUCUCCUUCACGCCUGAUGACUCCCAGUCGCUGGCUAAUUUCACCCAGAAAUAUGGAGAGAUCCUCCUAACUCCUCCUGAAGUGGGACCAAACGUCUUGCAUCUACUGGUGACGGAUACAGAUCUGCUCAAGCCAGAGCCCGAUCUACUCGCCCAAUUCGUCGGCUACCUCGUCAAGCAUAAUAACAAGCUUUUGGAAACACGAGACGGGAAUGGAUGCACGCCACUCAUCCGCGCUAUCUCCGCCAAAAAGAAGAAGGACCGUAAGGACGAGCGCAUGGCAGAGUGGAUGAUUAACGCUCAUCCCAAGAUCGGACCCAUCCUUGGCAUGAGCGACAGGCAAAACCAAAACUGUAUUCAUGCCGCCAUCCUGAAACGGCGCAGACAGUAUCUUCCUCGGCUAAUCAAGGAGGCCAAUCCCACAACCGUCGCUGCGAAGGACUCGUUGGGCAACACGCCGUUACACUAUGCAGUACAGUACGAUAACUGUCGUGGUCAAAAAUGGCUCGGUAUCAUCGAAGAACUUGCGAAGAAAAGUGAAAAGGCUGUGGCGAAGGACAUCGAAGAUGUUACAGCAGACCUAAAUGAGGACGGAUUGUCGCCAUACCUCUAUCACAUCAAGACUCGGAGACAGAAAACUACGCCAGGAGACAAGGACCGCAACAAGGGGAAGGGGGGUGAGGGGUUUCCCAAUAACCAAGAAUCCCCUCAAGGGAAGGCUAAUUUUCCGAGAUUUAAUCCGGAAUCGUUGCCUCUCACCCCCGACACAGUACCGCGACCUAGUCGUCCUCCCAAGACAGACAUGCAAUCAAGAUCACGGCUACAGGAAGCCCCACGGCCUAGCAAUAGCAUAGGGCUAGCAGUGUUGGGCGGUCUUCCACCUAUUCCACCAGAUGGGCCACAAGAGAAUGGGUCGGUUCUCACGACGACUAGUGUAGCUGAUCAAAAAUAUGGAGGCUACAGGAGGUCGACCAAAGAGCAGGAGAUUUCCCGUACUGAUGAGGACAUCUCCAACAGGGUCGAGCAGUUCCUCAAGCUACACUAUCUACGGAACCGUAGCGAACAGCAGUGCUCAACCAUUUUGUACAGUCGCCAGCUGACCCCAGGUUUCGAAGAUCAACUAUUGAACUUUGAUCUAUUCGGAAGGACCAAUAUGACCGAGGAUGACUUUGGAAAGCUCAUAGACACCCUCGAGUUUCAUGAGUUCCUUCAGUAUAUUGCAAUCCCAAAGAUGCGCAUCUCCGACUCUCAACACACCACCGACGAGAGAAUAGACCGGGAUGACCAGGGCGGGCGCACGGAUUUGUCUUUGGUCUUCGAUGAGCUGCAAUCCAGCAAAGGUGUCAAACGGGUGCUUAAGAUAGUUGUGGAUGACUCAUUAUCCCCACCUCACAGCGACGAGACAAUUGAGAAGUCUCUCAGACCCCUGGGAGUGGAGAUUUGGGAUUGGAAGAGGUUUGAUAUCUGUUCCGAGGUCAUCUACAAUGCAGCACCUAAAGUUCGGGAGGUCUAUCUUUAUUCGACCGGCAACAAUGCUGUACUCAGGAGCUGGAGUGACCAAGGCGGCCUCAGAAAGCUUGACAACUUGGAGAAGGUGCAUGUAGAGGUUAAACAGGGUAUCGAGACAACCAACCGUACCAAGCAAUACGUGGAAGAAUUCAAGAGACGAAUGAGAAGUGUUUUACCUGAUGUGAUUCUCACCGUACAGGAACAGAAGCCCCAGCUAAAGAAGCUGGCAAAUCACGGCGCAAUGAGCUCGGGUGCUGGGCCGACACCACCAAUGGACAAAAACGACUGGAUUGAGUGCAUGACGAGCUUUCGGAAGUUGCUGUACACUGCGGAGAGUAACCAUCGCAGCAACCAUGGCAAUAAGAAGAGGAUCUGGGAGAGUAUCGAGACCCAAAUCAAGAUUGCUCUUAUUGAUGACGGCGUGGACAUUGCGCGACUGAGUCCAGGUACCGCCACGUUGGAGGGUGGGCGGACUUUCUGCUCAAGGGAUGAGACCAACCACAUGUACCAUCCAUAUUACGCAUCUGGCACCGGACACGGAACUCUCAUGGCACAAAGCAUCCAUGAGAUCUGUCCAUCGGCUCGAUUGUUUGUUCUGAGGCUAGAAGACCACCUUUCACUCGACGGUCAUGCUCGACAAAUGACUACCAAAAGCGCCGCUCAGGCAAUCUACGCAGCCAUUGAGAGAGGCGUCCACAUCAUCUCAAUGUCCUGGACUAUCGACGUCAAGGACAGUGACCCCAACGGCAGCGCCCUAGAUAGAGCGGUAAAGGCGGCUGCCGAGAAAGGCAUCCUCAUGUUCUGUUCAGCCAGUGAUAAAGGGGCGAAUGCUCAGUACACCUACCCAGCCAAGGCCACAACCAGCAUCUUCAAAAUAGGUGCUGCUAAAGACUCGGGCGCUGUGGACGAAUGGGUAGGGGAUCAGAACCUCAUUAACUUCACCUUUCCUGGGAAGAAGGUGGAUUUGGAAGGCAAACAGGUAUCCGGAUCGUCUGUCGCUACAGCUUAUGCUGCUGGCUUGGCUGCUCUCAUCUUGUAUUGCGUCCAGGUGCGACUAUAUCUGACAGACGAUGAUGGAGAGAAGAAGAAGAAGGUCAGAGAGCAGUUUGAGGCCUUGAGGAAGCACGACAAAAUGUUUGAGACACUCAAGCACACGAUCGGCACUACUGAAGGGAGUGGUUACAAGUUCGUUCAAGUGCGGGCCAUAUUUGGAGAUUCUCGAAACAAGCAGGACAAGAACCCUGACAGAUUGCUGGAAGUGAUUGCAAGAACUGGAGAGAAACUUUGCGCGCGGGUGUGA